AGAGCACAGAGUAUUUCCUAUAUGAUUCUUAGUGUAGGGGAUGGGAACUCUAAUAUAUGGGCACCAGUGGCUUUAAAUAUACAAUAAGGAGGUAAGCAACAACUUGCCAAUUCUCAUGGAAUCAAAUUGUGUAUAAUAUGCCACAUGCUUGGGCAAAUUACAUUGAUGUGAUUUACCAGUCUGCAGUGUUUUAAUCCAUGACUGCUUUUCUCCACACACCAAUGACAAACCAUCACCAAUCAAGUUGGAUCAAAGGCACUUAGAAUGGUCAACAUGGACCCCUCCAAUAAGGCUAUUGUUGGUCAGUUUUACCACAUUUGGGUACAAUUGCUGCUGGACUGAAUAUAAUUACUGUAAAGUGACUCUAACUGCAUGGAUCCACUGUAGGUUAAACCUGAUGGCUAGUUGUGUUGGAACUUCACAUUUAUAUCUCAUAUCAAACUUUUUUUGUAUCAAUCCAAACACUGGGCACCUGGGAUGGAAAUACAUACUCUAAAUAAGCAUGUCAAGUUUUCAUCAGCAUUCCGGCUGUUAUCAAACUACUCUUUAUCUCUCAACACAACUAUGUGUACCUGUUUGAAGCUGUAGUCGCACAACACUAAGAGGGAUGGACUUUGGACUUGCUUAUCUGAGCUACAACUAUGUUACUAACUGUGGAAUUAUGGAACACUCCAUCACUUGUUAAUGUAAAAUCUUGUCAACCUGUACCAUAUUGUGAUGCCAGAAGUAAAACAGCAAUAUAUACUAAGGGCAUCAAUCAUUUACAUUUCCUACAUAUUUCCAGGGUGAUUCCUUGGGUGGAAAAACACCCCAUCAGAUAAAAAGGUCUUGAUUGAAUCAGACAUUUUGAAGGGAACAAAACAUUACCAGAAGCAUUUUCAUUCUUUACAAGAGGAAUGUCAGAAAAAAAGCCAAAUCUGGCACUAUUCCGUACUUCUUCCAGCAUUCUGACAAGGCUUGUGUGCGACUUUGGGAAUUCAAAUUGGACCUCCCAGCAUUUGUUUCAGCUUGGGGCCAAGGUGCCUCUGUAAAGGAUCUGUUUUAUUUUAAUAGAACUUUUUCUCCUCUUGGAAUUUUCUGAAGCUCUGCUCAGCAGGACAAACCCUUAUUCAGCAACUGCUUGAUGGGAGCAAAAUAUAAAUUAAAAAAGGGCUUCCAUAUAUGAUUCUCAACAAUAGAGGAAGCAGAUGCUGCAACUGUUGAAGGGGGAACACUGACAAGUAUGUAGCUGCAGUAUACGUUUAUGAGAAAUAUUUUAAAGGUUUAGAAAGGUUCUAUAAUGAUUAUGCUGUAGGAUCCAGUAACCUCUAGUUAUCCUAUUGAGCACGAGUGGGUCAAAGCUGCAGCCCUCCAGCUGUUAUACUGCACUUUUCAGCAAUUUUGACAAUCAUGGAAUAUACUGGGAGUUGUGGCCAACCUCUGCUGGAAGGGUAGCAGGCUGGGGAUCUGUAGAACGUGAUCUUCAAUUUGAGCUGAGGGAAAGCAAAGAAGAGGCAGAAAGAGGGGAAGAAAUGAGGAGAAGAAGUUGCUAAUGGCUGGAUUGCAUGCGAGAGGAGAGGGCUGGAUCACUUUAAGGCUCCCCCUGAAGCAGGGAGAUGCACACACAAGGCUUUGCAUGCCUGGGUGGUCUCUCUACUUUGGUGAGCUGUUGCUAAGCAGCUAAUAAUAGUCAUGUUUGUUGAGUAAUUUCUGCCCUUCUCUAGCCAAUAAGAAAGCAGGAAUCCAAGCCAUCUGACAGCCCCCGGGGGUGGGUCUCUUUGGAUUCUCUCCUCCUUUCCUCUUUCUCCAAAUGGAGAGAGCCAGUUUUUUCCUCCCCCUUCCUCCUAAAUCUCAUCUAUUGAAGCAAGGAAAGAGCGAGGGAGAGAGAGAGAGAGAGAGAGAGAGAGAACACAGGCAGCCGAGCGAGUCUUCUAGGGCCCCCGCACUCAUUGCUGUUUGGAUAAGCCAUGAUCCGGAGAGCCAGGCGCACUGUUUGCUCCCAGGGGAGGACACCCAGUUAGUGAGAGGAGAAGCGGCACGUUAGGCUUUACCUUCCUGCUGUCCCCUCACAUCACGGAGGACUGCACGCACUGAGGGACAAGCUCGGCUCUGCAGGCGGAGGGUGCAUGCUCCGUCCCGCUCUCUUUCCUCUUGGUCCUGCACUUUGCAUGCGAGUGUGAAGCGCCUCAUGGUGUGACCCGAGCUCGCACGCUCUCGUCUUACACACACACGCACACACACACACUCCGGGACCCCUUUCUGAAUGCGGGAAGCUGCAGAGACCCCCGGAUCGCGAAAUGUGGGGAUGGAAGGCGCAAAGUUUCACUCGCCGCCCGCCUCCUCCUUCUCGCCUGCAGCAGCAUGAAGCAGAGCCCGCCGAGGAUUGUGCCAGCCAAGGAAGAACAAGAAGCUGCCAGUGCCUGUCCUAUUUGGAGCAGCUAAACCUCGGGGGGAUCACGGAGCGCCAACCCCUGGGGGAAAGCAACGGCCCCGAGCCGGACACAACAUGGCCUCGACUGCCUAUACCGCCGAACUGGGUGGCAGUGGGGAGGCAGCUGCCCAGCCGAGGGUAGUCAGGAGGAGAGGAAGGAGCAGGAUAGUAGCGCCGCCUGACCACGACUAUCUGCAGCGGCCGAGCUACUGCGAUGCCAAUUUCGCCCUUCAGCAGAUAUCAGAGGGGAAGGCUACGGGAAGAAAAGCUCCAUUGUUUCUAAGAGCAUUCUUUCAAAGACAAUUGUUUAAACUUGGUUGUUACAUACAAAAAAACUGCGGAAAAUUUCUAGUUGUGGGCCUUUUGAUAUUUGGUGCUUUUGCUGUGGGAUUAAGAGCAGCUAAUUUAGAGACCAAUGUGGAAGAACUGUGGGUUGAAGUUGGUGGAAGAGUAAGCCGCGAAUUAAAUUAUACCCGCCAGAAGAUAGGAGAGGAGGCUAUGUUUAAUCCACAGCUUAUGAUUCAGACUCCUCUUGAAGAUGGUGCUAAUAUCCUGACAACGGAAGCCCUCCUGCAACAUCUGCACUCUGCACUUGAAGCCACCAAGGUGCAAGUCUACAUGUACAACAAACCUUGGAAAUUGGAAGAAUUAUGCUUUAAAUCAGGUGAACUUAUUACAGAAGCAGUGUACGUGAGCCAGAUCAUAGAAUCAAUGUAUCCAUGUUUAAUAAUCACACCACUGGAUUGCUUUUGGGAAGGUGCAAAGCUACAGUCUGGAAUGGCAUAUCUACCAGGUGAAGACACUUUCCAGUGGACAAACUUUGACCCUUUGGAGUUGCUGGAUAAGUUAAAGAAAGGAAAACUUCAUAUAAACACCUGGGAGGAAAUGAUAAACGAUGCAGAAGUAGGCCAUGGUUAUAUGGACAGACCUUGUUUGAAUCCAUCAGAUAGUAAUUGUCCAAACACCGCACCCAACAAAAAUUCAACCAAACCUGUAGAUGUAGCCCUUAUUCUAAGUGGUGGAUGCUAUGGAAUGUCAAGAAAAUAUAUGCAUUGGCAAGAGGAGCUGAUCAUUGGUGGCACAGUGAAGAAUGCUAGUGGACAAAUUGUCAGUGCCCUGGCUUUGCAGACCAUGUUUCAACUAAUGACUCCCAAACAAAUGUAUGAGCACUUCAAGGGUUAUGAAGUAGUUUCCCACAUAAAUUGGAAUGAAGACAAAGCAGCUGCAAUCUUGGAGGCCUGGCAGAGGACCUAUGUUCAGGUUGUACAUCAAAGUGUCCCACAAAACUCCUCACAGAAAGUUCUCCCUUUUACUACAACUACACUGGAUGAUAUUCUCAAGUCAUUCUCAGAUGUGAGCGUUAUCAGAGUCGCAAGUGGCUAUCUGCUGAUGCUUGCCUAUGCCUGUUUAACCAUGCUGAGGUGGGACUGUGCCAAGUCCCAGGGUGCCGUGGGGCUAGCAGGAGUCUUGCUGGUUGCGCUUUCAGUGGCUGCUGGAUUGGGUCUAUGUUCAUUGAUUGGAAUUUCCUUUAAUGCAGCAACAACUCAGGUUUUGCCUUUUCUUGCGCUUGGGGUUGGUGUAGAUGAUGUCUUCCUUUUAGCACACGCUUUUAGUGAAACUGGGCAGAAUAAAAGGAUUCCAUUUGAGGACAGAACCGGUGAGUGUCUAAAGCGGACAGGAGCAAGUGUAGCCCUUACAUCUAUUAGCAAUGUCACUGCUUUCUUCAUGGCUGCCUUGAUACCUAUUCCUGCACUGCGGGCAUUUUCUCUCCAAGCUGCUGUUGUUGUGGUGUUUAAUUUUGCCAUGGUCCUGCUGAUAUUUCCUGCAAUUCUAAGCAUGGACCUUUAUCGCAGGGAAGUCCGCAGACUUGAUAUCUUCUGUUGCUUCAGCAGUCCCUGCGUGAGCAGAGUGAUUCAAAUUGAUCCCCAGGCCUAUACGGACAACAAUGACAACACACGCUACAGCCUGCCCCCACCAUACAGCAGUCAAAGCUUUGCUCAUGAAACACAAAUCACAAUGCAGUCAACAGUCCAGCUUCGGACCGAAUACGAUCCACGAACACAGUUGUAUUACACCACAGCAGAGCCUCGGUCUGAAAUAUCAGUGCAGCCAGCAGCGUCAACACCUCAGGAUGUAAUUGGCCAGACUCCAGAGAGCACCAGUUCCACUAGAGACCUGCUUUCUCCAUUCUCUGUACACGGGGACUCUAUCCAGUACUCACCAGAUUCAAAGUGGACAUUGUCUUCUUUUGCAGAAAAGCACUACGCCCCAUUCCUCUUAAAGCCAAAAAAUAAAAUUGCUGUCAUAUUGGUUUUCUUAGCCUUGCUUGGUGUCAGCCUUUAUGGAACUACACGAGUGCGAGAUGGCCUAGAUUUGACCGACAUUGUACCAAGGGAGACCAGGGAAUAUGACUUUAUUGCCACACAGUUCAAGUACUUUUCAUUUUACCACAUGUAUAUAGUUACACAGAAAGCAGACUAUCCUCGUGUCCAGCGUUUGCUUUAUGAACUUCACAAGAGCUUUGUUGGAGUGAAAUAUGUGCUGUUGGAGGGUAACAAACAACUGCCCAAGAUGUGGCUGCAUUACUUUCGAGAUUGGCUGCAAGGACUGCAAGAUACAUUUGACCAUGAAUGGGAGGCUGGAAAAAUUACACGCAAUGAUUAUAGAAAUGCUUCUGAUGAUGCUGUCCUUGCUUACAAGCUGCUAAUACAGACAGGCAAUUCUGAUAAACCCAUUAACCUCAACCAGCUGACUAAACAGCGGUUGGUGGAUGCAGAUGGAAUUAUUCAGCCAAAUGCUUUCUACAUCUACUUAACAGCCUGGGUGAGUAAUGACCCUGUAGCCUAUGCUGCUUCCCAGGCCAACAUACGCCCACACCCUCCUGAGUGGCUCCACGACAUAGCAGACGAUAGGCCUGAGACCAGAACAAUUCGUGCAGCUGAACCAAUAGAAUAUGUCCAGUUCCCUUUCUACCUCAAUGGUCUGCGGGAAACAUCCGACUUUGUGGAGGCUAUAGAAAAAGUGAGGGCAAUCUGUAACAACUACACAAGCCUUGGGGUGUCGAGCUACCCAAACGGCUACCCUUUCCUGUUCUGGGAGCAAUACAUUAGUCUCCGUCACUGGCUGCUGUUGUCCAUCAGUGUGGUUCUGGCCUGUACCUUUCUGGUGUGUGCUCUCUUUCUCCUGAACCCUUGGACUGCUGGAAUCAUUGUUAUGGUGUUGGCCCUUAUGACAGUGGAACUGUUUGGCAUGAUGGGACUCAUAGGGAUUAAGCUGAGUGCAGUGCCUGUAGUUAUUUUGAUCGCUUCAGUUGGAAUUGGAGUGGAAUUCACUGUUCAUGUUGCUCUGGCAUUCCUCACUGCUAUUGGGGAUAAGAAUCACAGAGCUGCUCUUGCUUUGGAGCACAUGUUUGCACCUGUUCUGGAUGGGGCUGUCUCUACUUUAUUGGGCGUUCUGAUGCUUGCUGGAUCAGAGUUCGACUUUAUUGUCAGGUACUUUUUUGCUGUUCUGGCAAUUCUAACUCUUUUGGGUGUAUUAAACGGUUUGGUGCUACUUCCUGUACUUCUGUCUUUCUUUGGACCUUAUCCUGAGGUCUCUCCAACUAAUGGCAGAGAUAGGCUUGAGGUUUCUCAAGACCCACCACCACCACCACCACCAAAUAUUGUAAGGUUCCCUGUGCAUCCUAGACCGACGCAAAAUGGGUCAGAUUCCUCAGAUUCAGAAUAUAGUUCUCAGACCACUGUAUCAGGAAUCAGCGAAGAGCUCCAUCAAUAUAAUUCUCAGCAGUGUUCUGCAGCAGUCUUUCCACGGCCCACUGUUGUGCAGCAAACAAAUCGGCAUAAUCCACCAAAUCAAAGCACACCAUCCAACAAAGAACCCAGAACUCAACAACAAUGGCGAUCAAAUAGGAAUCAGAGAUGGGAUUCAACAGAAGGAUCACGGCCACCACCAUACAGACCUCGCAGAGAUGCAUUUGCAUCUUUUACUGAAGAGCAUGCUGGUCCUAGUAGCAGGGAUAGGUCAGGGCACAGAUCCCACUCCCAUAACAUGCGAAAAACUGCCUUUGCUCCAGGAGGUGCUUCAGUGCCUGCGUAUGGCCAACCUAUUACUACUGUGACUGCCUCUGCUUCAGUUACUGUUGCUGUGCACCCUUCUGUGUGUAGCCACGGCUCCCACGGUAGCUACCCCUUUUAUGGUGGCUACCCCGAAACUGACCAUGGACAUUUUGAGGACCCUCAUGUGCCUUUUAAUGUACGCAAUGAAAGAAGGGACUCUAAAGUAGAAGUAAUAGAGCUGCAAGAUGUUGAAUGCAAAGAAAGGACACAGGGAAAUGCCUCAAAAUAAGGGUCUAUCCAUUCUGAAUCAUUGAUGGCCAAAGAUGGGAAUGAAUUUCCAGACUGGUUAAGAAAGCUGCUGGAUGUUUUAUAUAAUGGACAUGCUGCAUCAGUUCACUGUUACUGUAACCUGUUGUAUAAAAGUGUAAAAUAUUGCUAUAAAUAUUUAAAAGGUGUAUACAUAUGUAAUAUACAAGAGUCCAUUGUAAAGUUAGAAUAAUUGUUGAAUUAUUUUAUUUUAUUAUUAUUAUAAUUAUUUUUUAGUCCUUUUAACAGGUGAGGCAAACACAUUUCCCUUCCUUAGUGUACAGGGCCUGUGCCACAAAUAAGAUUAAUCUAGAAACUGAAAAUCUGUGUAUUUUAUUUUUCCUGCUGCUUAAAUAUUGUAUAAUUGACCUGUAUAAUUCUAUGCAAAUAUUGCUUACAUGAUAGGUGUUAUUUUAUAUGUGUAAACGUACAAUUACAGCUGAUAACAUUUUGUGUGCCAAAGGGUGAGGCAAAACGUUUGUAUCACAACCCUGUGGUAGUAUUUAACAAAUAACUUCCAGGCACGCUAUGCGUGAUUACUUUUCUUUCAGAUAUGAAGAAUUCUAUCGCAAUUUGUGUAUUUUCAUUACACCUGGAACUUUGCAAUUCUUACAAGUCUUCUGUUGUACAGUCUGUGCCACUGUAUUGCAUUCUCUUCAUUUUCUUCUGUAAUACCUUGAUGUUGGGAGUGCUCCCCCCUCUGUCCAGAGCACUUAUUCACUAGAGACGUUCAGUCUUCAUUACCAAAAAAACUAUGGUUGUUGCAGGCAUUAAUGGAGAACAUUACAGGUAUAGGAUCUAUUAUCUGGGGGUUUCCAGCUAAAGGGCAUUUCUGUAAUGUGGAUGACCAUACUUUAAUUUUAAACCAGGGCUACACUGGCAAUCUGUGGGUUCAUGCAAAUGUAAGAGGGCUGUUGUAAGAUGCCAUAGACUGUCACUAUUUAUUGGGCUAUUUGGGCCUCUGUGUACCUGAAAUGCCAGGGCCUAUUUUGAUUGACAGUCCAGGCCUGCUUUAAGCAUGAAAUCGAUCCAAAAGGAUUGUAUUGCCACCAGUGUAGAUUCAUUCAGCCUCAUUACCAUCAAGUACAAGAUGAACUCACUUUUAAAAAAAAUAGUUAUUUGCUUAAAAUUUAUUAUAUGGGAGAUGGUCUUCUCUUCUGCAGAGCUUUCUGGACAACAGGUUUUCAGAUAAGGAAUCCCAUACCUGUACCAGUAUGCAGUGUUAAAGUUGCUGCUCAUUAGCUCUAGUAAGCUACAGCACAGUCGUUUUAGAAACACCCUGCAAUAAGCACUUCCAGCAUCAAAGGUGUCAACAGAGGAUUUAGGUCUUCCGUAGCGUUUGACUGCCCAUUCCCUUUCACUUGGUGGUGCUAAUAUGCUUUCCCUGGGCUCUAGUAAUAUCAACUGUUGCUCGAUCUACCUCUGACUUUCCUUUAUCUACACAGAUAUGGUUGGUUUAGUUUAUUUUUGUGGCCUUUGUUUUUUUUCAGUCUUAAUAUAAUGCAAACUUUCUUUUUUAUCUUGGUAUACUGUAACAUUUCUCCUUGUGCCAUUAGGUUACAUAAUGCUAUCCUGUGUCACAAAAGAAUUUAAGCUGAAAUGUUUUUUAGGCACUACAGACAUGUAGCUAUACAAAUCAAUAUGUAGCCAUUAUUCCAUAUCAAUAUAAGCUAUUGUUACAUAAGCACACUGACACCACAGCUGCCUUAGUUUCUAGCAUUACUGUACUUUGUACAGGGAGUAGAGCGUGAGAGUGCAAGAUAUCAGGCCUUUGUUCGUUUUGUUUUAACUGCCAAUUAAUUGGGCGCCUUUAGAUUUCAUGGUGUCAGUGGU